CUGGAGUUGGUAGCAGCUCCUGUGUACACUGGCCAACCAGGACAUGGCCUGCAGCCAAUCCAUUAUUUUCACACAGAUCCCUAAACAGCACGGGAAAGUACCGUCCUUCAGUAGCAGCUCAAACAGGGUGUUUGCAGUGAUGACAGAGCCUUUCCCCGGUGGUUUCUCCAGAGCCAUGUGAGGCAAUUGUAAGAUUCUGUGUUUUUGUUGAAUGUUCAGGAGUCGCAAUACUCAGGUACGGUUUGGGAUGGGAAAGCAACAAGCUACAGCUCUUGUUUAUGAAGCAGCAUUAAUGCAUUCUGGACAGCACAGAUUCAGUGGAAAAUACAGGCCCCAUUUCAGGUUGCUUUUAAGCUCGCUCUGUUUUAGAUUAAAUAGUUCAGAUGUGUAAUGAAUGGGUUGAAAGUGAUGACAGGUAUAGGAAGCUGAAGAAACCUAUUUCCAUGAAUACUCAAUAUUGCUCACAUGUCCUUGCCAAUACUACAAUCUAGAUUUCAGAAAGCAGUAAUCUGCAAAGCCUGAUGUUACUGUGUCAGCCAACCAGUUAAUAUUAAUGUAGUGCUUUUGUAUCAUCACAGCUAGUGACCCAGCUCCUGUGAGCACACCAUAUUGAAAUGAAUCUGGCUGGGUCAGCCCACCUCCACCAGCCCCCAGGCUGGGUUUAUUAAACUAGAACACAGCAGACACACAGUUUCUGUAGGUAACAUUGAGAGUUACCUACAUUUGACUUUCCUCAUUUCACAACCCACACUCCAACCCCUAAAGCUACACGUCCUUCACCCACAGAACCAUUACCUCACAGACUUUUAUUUCCUUUUCUUUUAGACUGAAUCUAUUAAGCUACUUAAAAAAAAUAAAAAAAUAUUCCCCAAACACACUUACACUCUUAUCACCGGUUAUAGUACCAGGAAGGUGUGCUGGAGCCAAAUCAGGCACGAUGGAAUUUGCCGUGGGGAAACCCAGCGCUGAUGACAGUGGAACCCGCCCGCGUGUGAAUUCCCGUGGCUCCUGCCACCCCUUUAUAAGCAGGUGAAGGUGAGGCAGGGCUGGCAGAACAGGCAGGCAGCAGCCAAGCUCUCACUGGAGCACAGCUGUGAGUGUGAAGUGGGAAUGGCUGGCUUUAGCAGCAAGAGCAUGGUCCUGGUCUCCCUGAUGGGGCUCCUGGUGCUGCUCCUGUGUGGCACCUCCGAAGCACACAGUAAUCAUGAUUGCUGCCUGUCUUACACCAAAGUGCGUCUGCCUCGGUGGGCCCUGAAGGGUUACACUGAACAGCUCGCCAGUGAAGUCUGCGAUAUCCCUGCAAUCAUUUUCCACACCAACAGUGGGCUGAAGGCCUGUGUAAAUCCCAACGAAGGCUGGGUGAAGAAGCAUCUUCUUUUCCUCAGCCAUAAGCUCAAGAGGAUGUCAGCCUGAUAUGGUUUCCAGCAAGGAAAUAAACACAGACUUGGCUGAAGAAUCACCAGGUUCAACCUCUUGGUUGAGAUUGUCUUGUACACUGUUGUGUGCUCACUCACCUCCAACUCAGGCUUCUUUGGAACUGUUGAACUUCUCUAGUUGAUUCAUAUUGCAUCUCUGGUUUGCUUGAUUUAAGCAUUUUGUUACAGUUUCUAUUUUUACUAAUAUGUGUACUAAUAUGGCAUGAAAUUAUUUAGUAAAGACUACCUUAAGCUGUUGUACAGAGUAUUAAGUUUAUUGUAUGUUGUUUUUGUUUUGUUCCACAUGUGUAAAGUGGCUUAUUUAUUCUAUUUAUUUUAUUACUGUCUUGUGCCAAAAUGUUUCCUUGUAGCUGUAGUUAGCAUUAUAAUACUCCUUGAGCUAUUGCUAAAGAAAGUCUGCCUGUGGAAAAAAAAAAAUGGAAAUUGGAGUUUAAAAAAAAAUAAAUGUUAAAAUCAGCACUCUCUGUGUGAUACGUUUAUUUUUUUAAUUAAAACAUGUGACUUCCCCUUGAAAUGAAUCCCUUUGCUUAUGAGCCUCCAGCUGAAACAAUUACACAAGUGUGUUGACACCUGUUAAAGGCACUUUCCACCUUCCUCACUUUGUUUGCCCUAGGGGUAGCUAUGACCUCCAGAGGAUGUAAUUGCUUCCUUACCCCCAGACAACUGCUAUAAAUCAAGCUUUUGCUUAACAUGAAGACCUGUUCUUAGCUCA